GUUACAUCUAACCGAUAUGAUUCGUUGUCCCGACUGCGAUACGUCCUUUACGCGAUCUGAUAAUUUAAAACGACAUCAGAAAGCUUCGUGUCGUAAACGAGUACAGUACCAUCCUAAUUCCUCGCUACCGAAUAAAAAACCGAAAUGUGCUACAUCUGCCACCUCUUCCGACCGCUGGUGUGAAACGUGUAAAAUAUAUGUUCCUCAAUCUUCGUACAACGGUCACCUGCGCACCCUACAGCAUAAACAAAAUUGUUGUUCACCUCUUGAGGAGGGAAUCGGUUUCCUUUCCUCUGCUUUCGCUAGCAGGAUUGCUUCGUUUCGUAUUACGUCUGCGAAAUACCUUCUAUCGUAUAACGACUUCUUCACCGAUGUUCUCGACAAAUGCGUGCGUGUUAUACGUAAUCAGAUCCACCUCCACGACACGCUUAAAAUAAAUCUCGAAGUUUUUGGACGUUACGUGCACGAAACCAAACAGUUGGUUGAAAUUAAAUCCUUCAACACCAACAACAAAGUUGUGACUCGAUCCAUCGAUCUUCCCAAUCUUCUACAAAACUUCUUUGAGAUACUUGAGGCUAAAGCGUCAGAAUUUCAAGAACGAGAGUCAGGAUGGAUUUUAGAAAGGGUUCUUUUCCUUGAAAUCAACUUUAACAAGUACAAUCCGCUGAGAGCGUCUUCCUACAUUCCGUUACCGAAACAAAUUUUAUUCAAGAAAGCGGUUGUGAAUGUGCGAAACGACGAUCACGCCUGCUUCGCAUGGGCAAUUACGUCAGCUCUGUAUCCCGCACAAGCGAACCCGCAAAGAACUACUUCCUAUCCACAUUACUCCCGCACUUUGGACUACGACGGUAUCCAAUUUCCUAUGAAAUUAACUGACAUACCGAAAUUUGAAUCGAAGAACCACUGCUCUGUGAAUGUCUACGGGACUGAAUCCGUUUUGAAAGAUGGAAAGUGGACAUGGGAAAUCGUUGGCCCCCUUUACUACUCACCCAUCAAGCGACGGCUACACUUCAAUCUGCUCUUGCUCGAUGAUGAUCUAGGAAAUAAUCAUUACUGUUGGAUAAAGGACAUGUCCCGUUUACUUUCUCAACAACUUUCUAAAACUGGACAUCGCAAAUUCUUAUGCGACGGUUGCCUACAAUACUUCUCCACUUUACCUCACCUACAUCGUCAUCAGCAGCAUGACUGUAAUCAUGUCUACACCAGCCUUCCCAACGGUGAUUUCAAGAUGGAUAAGAUGGGUAGGUUUGUCCCCAAUCACAUUUUAAAAUUUGAAAAUUAUCAGAAACGUAUCAAAGUACCAUUUGUUGUAUACGCAGACUUUGAAACCGUACUGCGACCAAUUCACACAUGUUUUCAUGACCCUAAUAAGACUGCCACCACAUCCACCCACAAACAUCAACCUCAUUCCUUUGCUUAUUUGAUGAAGUGCUCCUUCGAUGAUUCCCUCUCGAAAUUCAGAUCGUAUCGAGGCCCCGAUUGCGCCAAUCAAUUCGUUACAACUCUCGAUCGAGAUGUUUCUGAUAUUUAUCAUCGAUAUUUGAAGAUCGUUUCUCCCAUGAUACCCCUGACAGAUGAAGAAAUACGUCUCUUCUCUGACGCUACCUCUUGCAAUAUUUGCGAAGAACCCUUUCUGGACGAUGACGUCAAGGUGCAUGAUCAUUGUCAUUUGACCGGUAAAGUUCGAUUAGGAGCUGCUCACUCCAGAUGUAAUUUAAAUUACAAACUACCCAACUUUGUACCUGUUUUUUUCCACAACCUCUCCGGAUAUGAUUGCCACUUGUUUCUAAAGGAAAUGGCUGUGAACGAUGUUAAAUUUACCGUAAUAGCUCAAAAUAAAGAAAAAUACAUAUCCUUUUCCAAAUUAUUACGAGUUGAUACGGUUCAAACUGAAACAGACGACUCAACACAAAAUGUGUUCGUGAAGAUUAGAUUUCUCGAUUCCUAUCGUUUCAUGGCUUCCUCCCUCGACAAGCUGUCGGAUGAACUUGAUGCUCAUCAAUGUUUGCAAGUGAAAAAAUACUUUCCCGAUCCUAAUCACUUUCAACUUAUGCGACGAAAAGGUGUUUUCCCUUAUUCCUACGUUGAUGAUGUUGCUAAGCUUGAUGAAACAACAUUUCCACAGAAAGACGAUUUCUUCGAUAAAUUGACUUCCCUCCCCGUUUCCGAUGACGAUUACAAAAGAGCUAAAACUGUUUGGAAUACUUUUUCAUGUUCAACUCUAGGAGAAUACUCCGAUAUCUACUUGAAAACAGAUGUUCUUUUGCUAGCUGAUGUUUUCGAGAAUUUCCGACAAAUAUGUCUCACCACUUACGACUUAGAUCCUGCUCAGUAUUACACAGCGCCAGGGCUUGCGUGGGAUAGUAUGUUAAAAUUCACUCGCGUUAGUUUACAACUUCUGACUGAUAUCGAUAUGUUAAAAUUUUUUCAAAAAGGGGUACGUGGAGGAAUAAGUCAAUGCGUUCAAAGAAUGCACUUCGCUAACAACCCUCACAUCCCCGAUUACAACGCGUCCGCGCCUACCUCCUACAUUAUGUAUUUGGAUGCUACUAAUUUGUAUGGACAUAGUAUGAGUCAAGCACUUCCUAUUUCCCACUUCCGUUGGCUAACCCAAGCCGAAAUUGAUGAAUUGAAUGUUCUCUCUUUACAUGCUUCUUCUGAAUACGGUUACGUACUUGAAGUAGAUGUUGAAUAUUCCCAACACCUCCAUGAUUCACAUGCUGAUCUCCCUUUUUUAGUUGAAAACAUUAUCUCUCCUGCUAAUAUGAAUGGUAAAGUCAAAAAACUGAUACCGAACCUUAUGAAUAAGACAAAAUAUAAUUAUCUCAUUAUAUUCCCCCCAAACGAAGAGGAUCAUUCAAACGUCCCCCUUCUACCCCCAGCAAACGUGUGA